UGGACGUGUCUUGGACACUAAUCCAACUACUCUAGUGGGUUAACCCAUUAUACUAAUUCACGAUGUGGGAGAGAGACACAGAUCUUGUUAUGGGGGGGAAAAGAAAGCCCCAUUCACAAGAAAUGAAUAUUGCCCUUUAUCUGUAUACGAAAUGGGGAUACUCCUUCAGUAAUGCCCAUUUUCAACUUCAUUCUGAUCUAAAGCUUUGUGAUGCCAUGGCAACUGUUUCCCUUCUCAUCUCUGUGCUUCUCUGCUUAUCAAUGCCUUUCUUCAUGAUUAAUGCGGAACAAAUUAUCAUAGUCAACAACUGUAACGAAAGCGUAUGGCCGGGGAUUCUUGGCGGUGCUGGGCAGAACACGCCCAAAGAGGGUGGGUUUCUACUUGGAAGCGGCCAGGAAGUAGUCAUUGACGUGCCGGACAAAUGGUCGGGGAGGAUAUGGGGCAGACAGGGCUGCAACUUUGACUCGAAUGGUAAAGGCUCGUGUGAGACGGGCGACUGCGGUGGGCGGCUACAUUGUGGAGGAGUUGGGGGUGAGCCGCCAGCCACGUUGGUGGAAAUGACACUUGGGUCGUCCACAUCGGCCCUGCAUUUCUAUGAUGUGAGUUUGGUGGAUGGGUUCAACUUGCCAGUGUCGAUGAAGCCGGUGGGGGGAGGGAUUGGGUGUGGUGUGGCGUCUUGCGAGGUUGAUGUGAACAUUUGUUGUCCAUCGACGCUGGAGGUGAGAAGGGGCAGCAAGGUGGUGGGCUGCAAGAGCGCUUGCUUGGCUAUGCAAUCGGCAGAGUAUUGCUGCACGGGACAAUAUGCAAAUCCAAAUACUUGCAAGCCUACUCUGUUCGCUCACUUGUUUAAAGCCAUAUGCCCCAAGGCUUAUAGCUACGCUUUCGAUGAUUCCUCCAGUCUUAAUAGGUGCAGGGCUUCUCGUUAUGUCAUUACUUUUUGCCCUCCUCAAUUAUAGAUGGCUCUUAGGCUAAGUCUUUUGUGCAUUUUUAGUUCAUCGCUAAGGUUUUGUUUUUCCUAGCUUAAGCAACUGUAAUGGGAAAAUCCUUCUAUCAAUGGGAGAGAAUUUUCGUUAGUUCUACAA